CUCAGCAGUGCAGUGAGUGCCGGGCGUGCUGCUGCUCCAGCCGUCUGAGUUGCAGACGACGCGUCAUGUGAACAACCGCUGCCAUCAACUGGCUUUUGAUUCUACAGACGCAAUUCAAUUCAAAAAUGAUGCCAUCAAUGAAAGUUUCCACCGUGUGCGCUGCACUGCUCAUCUUAAUGUCUACCGCUAACGAAGGACUUCACGAAGAUGAUGCCUUACUUGUUAUCACGAGCCAUGCCUCAAAUAAUCCUCGAGCGUUUAAAAUACUUCAAGCACCGUUUCCUAUCAGACUGGAAAAUAACUCUAAAACCGAAUCAAACUUUAAAAGUAACGACGCAGGAGUGGAAAAUCAUUUCAAACCUGCAGGCCACGUAUCAGACAGUAGCUAUGUAAGAAGAAACAGGAUACGUUCCUCAAAAAUGACAACAAAAUCAGAUUACUUUUUCGACGAUCUUAACAAAACAAUGGUUGAAUUAGUAGCGACGUCAGAUAUUCAUCCUCUGCACUCUCUGGUGCUUAAGCUCAGUCACAUGCUUCACCAGGUGGGUGUUCUGGGUGAGUGUUCACUGACGACCUUCCCCCGCCUCCAGGACAUGAUUCUUCGAGUCAUUGACUACGCUUUUCUCGGACCGUCGAAGACUGGAAAUAAAGGCGAUGAUUAUGUCCUUGGUGAGCACCCUAUAAGGAAUAUACUUCGGUUGUUUGCUGAAAAGCGCAAAUAUAAUAAAUGCCCUGCAGUGACUAAUACGCUGCACUCCCAGAAGACAAGAAUUGAUGAAUUUCUCUAUGGGCUGGAUCCCGCUAUUAAAAAGUACCUCUGGCAAUCUGUUUCCAAGUCACCUAUACAGGUAAUUCCGAAGCCAAUCGAAGAUUUAGAUGGAUACGCCACGGAAUUUUUCAGAUACCUCUGUGUUCAUGGGCUCGGAAGUAUCAGUGACAAAUUUGAAUUUUGCAGUGAAAAUUCGCUUAGUUCUUCAAACCUUUCAACGGAGACAAAUGAAAUUCUCAUGAGAAGCCAACGUGUGAAAAGGCUAGCGCAACCAGACGAUUACGUUCUAGAUAAAAUAUUUCGUCGCGCGGGAUACGCUCAAGACCAUUACUACGAGAAAGAAGCAGAAGAAGAUAUCGUCAUAGUGCUCGACGAAGAGGAGGAAAAAGAUGACAAGACAUUCUUGUUUUUUCCCAAGAUAUUCGUUACGGUUGGCACUUACAUUCUCCUGGUCCUGCUCAGCCUCAAAGCUUUUGUAUUUUCUCACGCAGGAGAAAAAGGCGAUAUAGGUGAACCAGGAAUGGAUGGAGCUAAAGGAGAUAAAGGCUUGAAAGGAUUAAAAGGGUUCAAAGGAAAAAUAGGAUAUCCUGGACAGAAAGGAGACAAAGGAGACCCCGGGGCAGAUGGUGCAACGGGAGAAAAGGGGGACAAAGGAGAAACUGGAGAAAAAGGACACCCAGGUGAAAAAGGACAUCCUGGAGAGAAAGGUGACACGGGGGAAAAGGGAGACAAGGGACAGAAAGGACAGAAGGGGCAGCGGGGCUCACCAGGACACAGAGGGCCUCGAGGACCAAGAGGGCGUCCAGCAUUUCACAGUAGCAGUCAUCACAGGAAGAAGCGACUACUGGAUACGAUCGGACUCUCUGGCGAUCAGACAUUGUUCGAUAAAAUUGAUAGUGGAAGCAGCAGUAAUAGUUCAAUUACUGAACUAUCUUCCGGUAUCCUAGGUCCAGGAUUAAUAAAGUCUCAUGGAACUUUCAGCGUCAUCCCGGUUACGUUGCUACCAAUUGACCAAGAGAAUCAACCUUCACCAACGACGAGUAACAAUCAUUCGGAAAUCGAUACUCAGUUACGAUUUCCAGUCGGGCCGGACGGUAAACAUGCAGUAAGAUUACUGAUGGAAAAUUCUAGCAAUGAAAUUGAUUCGACUCCGUCUUCGAACGAAGAAGCAAGUUUUGCUCGCAUCCGCCGAGAAGUUCCAGAGCUCCUGCAACAGAUGGAACGGGCAGCACAAGAACGCUUGCCCUACGUUCGGUAUCGGGACCACGAGUUUGUCAUCGCAGCCAUGAACGAACUUUGGCGACAGCACCUGGAUCCCGAGGGGUGCGUACCGUGUAGUCUCUUCGAGUAUCUCAUCGACCAGCCAAGCAUGGACAUCGAUUCCUAUAUAAUCGCUGGGUUCGCCCACGUGCUCGGGGACUCGGGUUCUCUGCAGCUCCUGGACGACGUGAGGCGCGGCCGGCAGCGCGGCGUCAAGAUGCGCUGCAAACGAAAGCAAAACUCCUGCUCGCUUGCUUAUAUCUCGGACAUACCGCGGUGAUUACCGCAGCCGAAAUACUCUUCAAUAUCAAAUGUGUGUGAAUUGCUUGUAAUCAAUGUUGCUUCAAGGACGCCUAUAUUGAACAGUCUUAGAUGUAUGAAAGCGUAUUCGAAAGGAGGUAUUCAGAUGUUGUACUUUCAUUUAAAUGGAUUAACAAAUAGCAGGCGUUUUCAGCCGACAUGUUCUGUUGUGUUUCGUCAAUAUUUUACAAUUUCCUGAUUGACCAGUGUUGCAUUAUCACACCCCAAGGAUCAAAUAGUUCAAAACAGUAACAGAGCCACUUUUUAUAUCUUUAUAUGCACGGGUCUGAAUUUAAUCAAACUAUCUGGUGAAUCAAAGAAGUGACUAAUUAAUAAGACAUUUUAAGCUAAACAAACUCACUGACGGUCCCUUCAACUGAUAACACUUCACGGUUACUUACUAUUUUUGUGGUCAAAUUUUGUUGAAUUUUUCCGUAUGCAGCCAAUAUCAUGACGAAAAACAUGAUGAAUUAUUUUAUCCAUUGAUAAGUAUUUGAUAGUACGAUAGUUUAUCAAAUAGUAGAUAGUAGAUUUUUGAUGGUAGAUUUGAUAGUCAAUCUAUUUGUUUAGACGAAGUUUAAAAGUUGGAUUACUUUUUUGGCAAAUCAUACCUUAUUCUU